AUGCCCUCAGAACAUUCUCGUUCGUCGUCGUCUUCGAGCGUGACUUCGCCGAUUCCUACAAUAAACAUAAAAUAUGCACCGCCACAGCGGUCAAACGGCGGAAAUCACAGCUCGAGCAAUUCCAGCAGAGGUUUGAAUAACGAACUUCUUGAAAUACAAGAAGAAAGAAGAAGGGACCCCUCAAGAGAUAAAAACCCCAGAGACAGAAGCCCAUCUCGCGGGAAGAGCCCCUCCCGUACAAAAAAUGACAAAAAGGGAAAACUCUCUCCGACUCGAUCUAAAAGCCCAUCUGGCGACAGACAAAAAAAUAACAGUGGCACGGCUUCGCGCUCGAGAAGUCCCACUCCACGCUCGAAGAGUCCCUCGCCAAAGCAAGAUUCCUCAAGAUCUAAAAGUCCCCUUGGUAGAAACCAUAACCGGAACAAUAGUGAUAACUUGUCAAAACCCACUUCGCAAGAUGCCCGUCUCAGUCCUUCUUCUCAUCCGUGGAUCGCAUCCUCCUCCAACGAUCGCAAUUCCUCAAAGAUAUCCAAUCGUCUAAGUUUACCUCCUAAUUUCAAUGAAAUGGACUUCUCGAACAUUGUCCGUGAGAACAACGAACGUUGGGCUAGAUUGAAAUUGGGGUCAGAUACGAGAGAUAGUAGAGGUGGUAUUAUGGGUAGUUUUACAAAAUCGGGGAUGCUAGGGGGUGCGCCUAUUUUAAGGCCUAACUUGUCUGGGGAUUCAUUUUCGAGUUUCUCCGGUGAAAAAAUGAAGAGGAGUCCGUCUACCGGAAAGACGUCAUUUAAUUCCCCAUUAUUGGUGCCGGGUGGAUUUCCUUUGAUUAGGGCCAGAAGUCAUAAUUCGGCCAUGGAUGAUGCGCCACGAUUACCAAUGGAGAUUUUGAAGGAAAAGCUUCAUCCAUUGCAGCAUGCUUGGACAAUGUAUUAUGACAGCAAACCAGCGAUGACGCCAGGUCCAAAAACGCCGACUGAAAAGUUUUACGAGCAAAAUUUACAGACUAUCGGUACAUUCAACACAGUGCAGACAUUCUGUCGUUACUUCAAUUGGGUAAAGAAGCCGAGUCAUCUGGACGUAAACACAAAUUUCCACAUCUUCAAGGAUAAGAUUAAACCCAUGUGGGAAGAUCCCGCUAAUGCCAACGGUGGUAAAUGGGUCAUUUCGAUGCGUAAUCCUCAACUAUUAGACCGUUGUUGGACUUGGCUUGUUUAUGCUCUCGUUGGAGAAGAACUUGAUGAGGGUGAUGAUAUCUGCGGAGCUGUCAUGUCACGGAGAUUACGGGGAGACAGAAUUGCCGUUUGGGUGAGGGACAAAGACAAUGUUCCUGUUAUUAAUGGUAUUGGGAAACGUCUAUUAAAAAUCUUAGACUUGUUCGACGAAAAAGGUAUUGGUAUGGACUUCCAGUUUAAUGAAGAUGCUCUAAAAUCCGGCACAUCAUACAACAACAAAACCUAUUU